GAACCUGACUCGCGGAUGGCCGCGCCGAAGAGGAAGGCUCCCGAGACGCCCGGCACGCCAGAGAAGAAGAACAGGAAGUUGAAGAAACCGCCGGCACCCGCAGCCCCGCAGGGCUCCACGGACGCCCGCCCUGAGGAGAGCACGAGUCCAGAGGCGGAGCUGACCCCGGAGGAGAAGCGCGUCCUGGAGAGGAAGCUGAAGAAGGAGAGGAGGAAAGCGGAGAGAAAGCGGCUCCGGGAGGCGGCGGCGGCCAUGCAGAGGCCACCCGGCCAGUGGUGCAGACGGACUCCAGGCCCCUGCCUGGUGCUGAGACCCCGUGUCCUCUCCAGCUGGGCCCAGAAGCGCCAGAGCUGGCGGUUCCAGAAGACGCGGCAGACCUGGCUCCUGCUGCACAUGUACGACCGCGACCAGGUCCCCGACCAGCACUUCCCCACCCUGCUGGCCUACCUGGAGGGCCUGCGGGGCCGGGCACGGGAGCUGACCGUGCAGAAGGCCGAGGCCCUGAUGCAGCAGCUGGACGAGGCGGGGGCCGGCGGGGGCCCCCCCGGGUCAGCACCCCACCGUGCUGUGUGGCAACUUGGGCCCCUCCAAUGCCCGCUGGUGCAGCUCAAGUCCUGA